AUGAAGGAGGAGGAGGAAGGCGACGCAUCCAUGGAUGUCGACGACGACGAAGAAAAUACACCCAGAGACGACUACUUGGCUUCGAGUACUCGCUCUUUCAACCAGGUCCUUCAACUCGCGCAAAGUACGCUGCAGAAGACGUUUGGGAUGGAGCUCGUUGAGCUUCGCUCUCGCGCUGAACUAGGCAAGGACGGUGCAGGCGGGGACGAGGACCUUGAGGAAGCCAGGAAGGCAGCCGGAGUCAAAAAGAAAGCUGCUGCCGCUGGGUCCAAGAGCUAUAUCUUGCGCUCGGUCCUCGACCCCGCCUAUCAUCGAGCACGCGGCUCAAGUCAACGAGAAGAUCCUGGAGGAGGAAGCCUUGGAGGAAGACUGACAAUGACAAUGGCGACGACGAACAGGGCACACGGUCCUACUGGCAGCCUUAUCUCCUGGAGUCACACAGACCAAAUUGGUUCUCUGGGGAUUCUCUAUAUCAUCCUCGCGCUGAUUCUCGUGAGCGGCCGAGUGCUGAGCGACGCGGAGCUCCGCGCGCAUCUGAAGAAGCUACGUCAGCCCAUGUCGGGUUCCGUCAAGUUCGACGCCCAUGUUACACAUAAAAGCGUGUCGAUGGAGGCAUAUAUGAACAUGAUCAUCCGGCAGGGUUACGUGGAACGAUUGGCGGUGGGCGAUGCAAAGAAGGGAAAAGGCAAGCGCGUACGUGCGACUCAAGGAGACGACGACUCCGGGGCGACGUACGAAUGGCGGUGGGGCAAUCGGGCGCACAGCGAGGUUGGCGAGAAGGCGAUUUCUCAGUUUGUGGCAGAGUUCAUGGUAGGAGAGCAGGAGGCUGAAGAUGACGAAGAGGAAGGUGGGAGAGACCAAGCACAGAAUAAGGUGGAAAAAAUGGCUGCUGGUAUUGAAAGAGCCGCUGGUGGUAAUUUAUCUGAUCUCAAGUAA